UUAAAAGAAAAAAAAGGGGGAAAAGAGAAGUUGGACAGCCUAAUAAAAGAACGGGAAAAGGAAAGAAAAGCAUGUAAGAAUAGUGCCCCAGUUUCCAGUAUCGAUUGGAGGCCACCGGAGGACUUCAAUUCCGGGAGGAUUGAAGCAAAAUUGGAUUCAUAGGGGUAUUGUGAAUCCAAGAAGCUUACAUAAGGUGGGCAGUUAGGCUAAUUUCGGAGAAUCUCAUAUCCGAGUAAUCAGUAUCCAUCCAUUUGACUGGGUUUAAGCCUUAGGGUUUAUUUAGACCGCAGCUCAAAUUCACUCUAUUGUACUGUUCCCACCUCCAUAUUAGCACAUUCGUAACAACCUUAUCCAGUCGCCGCCGCUCCGGAGUUAUUGUGAAAAUGACAUUGUUGGCUAAUAUCUCGGGCAAUAUCACUACACAAAGUCAGCAGAAAUUUCUCCUUCCAUUAUCUAGCCGAAGUGUUACAUCAUCUUUCAUGAGAAGAUCUCGUGCUAGCAAAAGACUUUUUCUAAGGCAAAAGAAUCUGGUUUUGAAGUGUACUGCUUCAAGCAUGUCAUCUGUGCAAUCUCUCGAGCAGACAAGAUCAACUGAAAGCUUUGGACUACCAAUUAUGAUGAAUGGUUCUACUGGGAAAAUGGGAAGAGCGGUUCUCGAAGCAGCUGAUGCUGCUGGCCUAUAUAUAGUUCCUGAAUCAUUUGGUGGUCCAGAAGAUGAAGGGAAAACUAUACAAGUCAGUGGAAAGGAGAUCAAGGUUCAUGGCUACUCGGAUAGAGAGACUAUUUUGUCUUCCUUAUAUGAAGAAUAUCCAAAUCUUGUGGUGGUGGAUUACACUGUGCCUAGUGCAGUAAAUGGAAAUGCUGAACUUUAUGCCAAAGUUGGGGUGCCAUUUGUUAUGGGGACUACUGGUGGGGAUAGGGAAAAGCUGUAUAAAACGGUAGAAGAAUCCAAUAUUUAUGCUGUUAUCUCCCCUCAAAUGGGAAAGCAGGUGGUAGCCUUUCUUGCAGCAAUGGAAAUAAUGGCAGAACAAUUUCCUGGAGCUUUCUCUGGGUAUGAUCUACAGGUGAUGGAGUCCCAUCAAGCUAGUAAGAAGGACACAUCGGGUACAGCUAAAGCUGUUAUCUCAUGCUUUCAGAAGCUUGGAGUCUCCUUUAGAGAAGAUCAGAUACAACUAAUUCGAGAUCCCAGGCUACAAAGGGAGAUGGUUGGGGUGCCAGAUGAGUAUCUAUCAGGCCAUGCCUUCCAUAUGUAUAAUCUGACAUCACCAGAUGGAACUGUCUCAUUUGAGUUUCAGCAUAAUGUAUGUGGUCGAUCAAUCUACGCAGAAGGGACAGUUGAUGCCGUUCUUUUCCUAGCUAAAAAGGUUCAAGAGAAAGCUGAGAAGCGGAUAUAUGACAUGAUUGAUGUUUUGAGGGAGGGCAAUAUGAGAUGAUUAAUACACUGGAGUUCUUGAAUUUCCUGGUGAUGUCAUUAGUUUUUGUAGUUUUUGACCUAGCCAUGUUGGGUUGGCAAUUUUCUAUCUAUUGUCCUCUCUUCAUGGUACUUCAUGAGAAAUUUUUUUUGUAGGAAGAUGAACUUCUCAAGGUAAUCUAGGUCAGGAAGAUGCUGUCACUUAAAUUUUUUUGUCAAGCUCCCACAAUCUCUGUUUAAGCUCUGACCCUGUUCCAUAUUUUGCUGAAACAUUGGCAUUUAGGAGUCGCUUUGCUUUAGAUUUUUUAUACAGCAUUUUGGUUUGACAGUAGAAAAGAACUUGAGACAUUCGCUUCAUAAACACUGGUAUUGGAACACCCAACUCGGCAUAGUAAAAGGAAACAAAAUGGAGAAUCUGAAACGAAACAACAGCAACCGGCCGUAUAGGCUGUAUUUUUUCAACCAUCUAAUCGAAUUUCCACCAGAGAGGUAUAUGGUCAAAAAACGUGGGUAGGUUAGACAGUAUAGGUGAUAACGAACUGAAGCUGUUCAUUAUCAGUAGUGUAUAGUGUUUUCAUUCAUGAUCAAUGAUGAUGGGUUCAGUGAAUAGUAAAGAGCUAUGACCCCUCCACCCAUUUGGGGUGUCAUUUGCCUCUCUCUCGUGCUAAGUCCUUCUGUAAAGAGAGAUCCUCCUCCCAAAUGAACCCAUCAAACUAGUAGUACAAUUAACCCCACCACUCCAUACUUGUAAACUUGACACGAAAUGACA